CAAAGCUACAGCGGCUGGAGGAACCCGGACAGCGCCAGGAAGCUGGGGAAGGUGCCAGGGAGUGAGGGAGACAGGGGAGAGCUUGCCAAGGCCAAGCUGAGUGCACCCCCACCGGGGAGCGAGCGGAGCCUGAGAGCAGGGCGAGAUGCCGACAAGAGGAUCAAGGUGGCGAACCCCGUGGUGGAGAUGGACGGCGACGAGAUGACCCGCAUCAUCUGGCAGUUCAUCAAGGACAAGCUCAUCCUGCCCCACGUGGACGUCCAGCUCAAGUAUUUUGACCUGGGGCUCCCGCACCGUGACCAGACCAACGACCAGGUCACCGUCGACUCCGCGCUGGCCACCCAGAAGUACAGCGUGGCUGUCAAAUGCGCCACCAUCACCCCUGACGAGGCCCGCGUGGAAGAGUUCAAGCUGAAGAAGAUGUGGAAGAGCCCCAAUGGAACCAUCCGGAACAUCCUUGGGGGGACGGUCUUCCGGGAGCCCAUCAUUUGCAAAAACAUCCCCCGUCUGGUCCCCGGCUGGACCGAGCCCAUCGUCAUCGGCAGGCAUGCCCAUGGCGACCAGUACAAGUGCACGGAUUUUCUGGUCGACGGGGCUGGCUCCUUCAAGAUAAUCUUCACCCCGAAGGGCGGCGGCCGCGCCCAGGAGUGGGAGGUGUACGACUUCCCCGCGGGCGGCGUGGGCCUGGGCAUGUACAACACGGACGAGUCCAUCUCCGGCUUUGCGCACAGCUGCUUCCAGUACGCCGUCCAGAAGAAGUGGCCGCUCUACCUGAGCACCAAGAACACCAUCCUGAAGGCCUACGACGGGCGCUUCAAGGACAUCUUCCAGGCCAUCUUUGAGAAGCACUACAAGGCGGAGUUCGACAAGAGCAAGAUCUGGUACGAGCACCGGCUCAUCGACGACAUGGUGGCGCAGGUGCUCAAGUCUUCGGGCGGCUUCGUGUGGGCCUGCAAGAACUACGACGGGGACGUGCAGUCUGACAUCCUGGCCCAGGGCUUCGGCUCCCUGGGCCUGAUGACGUCCGUGCUGGUCUGCCCGGAUGGGAAGACCAUCGAGGCGGAGGCAGCCCACGGGACGGUCACCCGUCACUACCGGGAGCACCAGAAGGGCCGGCCCACCAGCACCAACCCCAUCGCCAGCAUCUUCGCUUGGACGCGAGGCCUGGAGCACCGGGGGAAGCUGGACGGGAACCAGGAGCUCGUCAGGUUUGCCCAGACCCUGGAGAAGGUGUGUGUGAACACGGUUGAGAGCGGAGCCAUGACCAAGGACCUGGCGGGCUGCAUCCACGGCCUCAGCAACGUGAAGCUCAACGAGCACUACCUGAACACCUCGGACUUCCUGGACACCAUCAAGAGCAACCUGGACAAGGCGCUGGGCCGGCAGUAGAGGGCCCCGGCGGUGGCGGCUGGACGGGCGGGCCGGCCCCCGUGCCCGGGGAGGGUGAGCCUCACAGCCUCUGGAGGCCUUCCUAGGGGACGUUUUCUACAAAUAGGGUGUUUUUUAAAGUGUGUGCCUCCCGCUUGGCGCCGGGAGGCGGGUCGCGUGUCUUACCUCAGCGGUCCGCGUGCUCUGCGCGCUGCGCCUCAUGCUGGAUCACGGUGCCUUACUCAGCUACUAAAAGGCUCUUCACGAGACGGUUGGUGCCUUUGUCCCUGGGGGUCGGGGGGCGAUGCCCGAAGGGCUGAC